UUUUUUUUCCAUGUUUUUUAUUUUGAUAAAUAAUUUAUAGAUUAAAUUGUAAGGAAAUAUUGAUUUUGUUUAGGUUUAUAUUGUGAUUUUAUCUACAUAUGUUUGUGUUUGCAUAAUAAAUUGUAACGAACACAGAACGAGAGAGAGAGACUGUUUACAUAGAAGCAACAAGCGGCAGUAACAACUCCUAGGUAACCAAAAUUCAAUUUAUCAUCGUCACAUGAAACCAAAUAAGUUUGCAACUGAUUUUGUUGGUUCAAUAAAUGCCACAAGUUGAAAUCAAAUCAGAAAAGUUACAAGGCUAGAAAAGCAGUAGUAGGAACAUUAUAAGGAUAACAACAAAUGUGAAUGAACAGCGUUAAGAAAUUUAUUUAUAAAAAAAUACGUCAUAUUUAAGAUUAAAAACUUUCGCAAUUUAAAAAAGAAAGUUGUUGUAAUUAAAAACUUUACAAAUGGCUCAAGAAACAGGUGGUGCUGCUAAAAGGUUAAAUGCCACCUAUUCCAGCAUGUAUGGAAGAGUCAGCAAUAACAUGGGCCAUGAACGCAUGAAGGUGUAUUUUUGCACCGAUUUCGACAAGUCGGUGCUGGUGAAUAAUUUCGAAAAACGUGGUUGGCAUCAAGUUGGUGGCGAUGAUGAUUGGAAUUUUUAUUGGGCGGGUGUGCAGACAUGUCGCAAUAUCUUCAGUGUGGACAGUGGUUAUCGCAUGAAUGACAAUCAAAUGAUAAAUCAUUUUCCAAAUCACUACGAAUUGUCGCGCAAAGAUCUAUUGGUGAAGAAUAUUAAACGUUAUCGCAAGGAUUUGGAAAGAGAUGGCAAUGCUUUGGCUGAAAAGUCCGACCUGAAUUGGUCCGGUUGUGGGGUGACCAGAUAUUUGUAUUUAGAUUUUAUACCAGUGACAUUUGUUUUGCCAGCGGAUUACAACAUGUUUGUUGAGGAGUAUCGAAAAAAUCCCCAAAGUACGUGGAUAAUGAAACCUUGUGGCAAAUCCCAAGGAGCCGGCAUAUUUUUAAUCAACAAACUAUCGAAACUGAAAAAAUGGUCUCGUGAAGCCAAGGGUGCGUUUCAUCCUCAGAUCGCUAAGGAAAGUUAUGUCAUUUCACGUUACAUCGACAAUCCACUGCUGAUUGGUGGCAAGAAAUUCGAUUUACGUUUAUAUGUUUUGGUCACCUCAUUUCGCCCUUUGAAAGCGUAUCUGUUUAAACAAGGCUUCUGUCGCUUCUGUACGGUUAAGUACGAUACGAGUUGUACGGAACUUGACAAUAUGUAUGUACAUUUAACCAAUGUCAGUGUACAAAAACAUGGGGGUGAAUACAAUACUCUGCACGGUGGCAAAUGGUCAGUACAAAAUUUAGCCCUGUAUUUGGAAGGUACACGAGGCAAAGAGGUAACCGAUCGUUUGUUUGGUGCCAUUUCUUGGUUAAUCGUACAUUCUCUACGAGCCGUGGCACCAGUAAUGGCCAGUGAUCGUCAUUGUUUUGAAUGCUAUGGCUACGACAUCAUUAUCGAUAAUAAUCUUAAACCUUGGUUGGUUGAAGUGAAUGCAUCACCCUCUUUGACAUCGACAACAGUGACGGAUCGUAUUUUAAAAUACAAAUUAAUUGAUAAUAUAUUAUCGGUUGUUCUACCACCAGAUGGGAUACCAGAUGUCCGUUGGAAUAAAAUUCCCAGUGCCGAUGCUUUGGGUAAUUUUGAAUUGCUGUUAGAUGAAGAGUUAGCUGCUCAAGAAGAAGCCCAAAACAGUCAGCAAAAUAAGAAUUCCAAAUCAAUGGGUAAUAGAUGGAAAUGAAUUAUGUGUAUUUGUUUGAACUGUGAUGCUUUUCUUAAUGUAUUUAUUAAAAAUUUAAAUAGUUUUAAAUUUUAGUUUUAAGAAAUAGAUAAAUUUCGAUACAUGUAGUGCAAUCUUUGGUUUAAUAAUAAAAAAAAU